AUGAAAUUAAAAGAAUUAAUUGAUGGUAUUGAGAAUUUGAUAUGUAUUAAUCCAUCUACAUUAGAAAGAUAUUAUGAACAUUCCAUUAGUUUAAUUACACAAUCAUUCAAAUGUCUUAAACAAACAAAUGAACAAAAUGAUAAUGGUUUAAUGUUUAUUAUGCCAACUUUGAAUGAAAUAAAUGGAACUGAAAUAAUAUUAGAUCAUUCUACUAUAAAUAUUUUAUUAAAUUCUUCAUUAUCUGCUUUAGUUGUUAAUGAUUGUUUAUUAAUAAAUUUAUUAGAAUUAGCAAUAUUUCCUGUAUUUAAAGUUUUAAAAAUAAUAACGACAACAAAUAUAAUAUUUGGUCAAUUAUGUAAUCGUUAUUACAAUUAUCCUCGACGUUUAAUUCAUCAAAUGAUAGGUGUAACAGGUACAAAUGGUAAAACAACAACAACACAUAUGAUUGAAAAAGUUUUAUUAGAUGCUAAAUUAACAGUCGGUUUAAUAGGUACACUUGGUUAUAGAUAUCAUAGUGAUGAGAAUAAUAUAAAUGAUUAUAUUAAUACAGAUUAUACAACACCAAAUGCAUGGUUAUUACAAACAAUAUUAAAUGAUAUGACAAAUAAAUAUCAUAUAGAAAAUAUUGUAAUAGAAGUUAGUUCACAUUCAUUAAUAUUAGAUCGUAUUAAUGGAUGUGAUUUUACUGUUGGUAUUCUUACAAAUUUUACACAAGAUCAUCUUAAUUUUCAUCAAACAAUGGAAAAUUAUUUACAAUCAAAAUUAUUAUUAUUUUCAAAAUAUUUAUCAAAAUCUUCAUCAUCAAUAGCUAUUAUAAAUCAUGAUGAUCCAUCAUAUGAAUAUUUUAUUAAUAUAUGUUCAAAAAAUACUAAAAUUUAUACAUAUGGUCUAUUGAAAAAAAAUCAAAAUUCAUUUCUAGCUUCUAAUAUUAAAUAUUCUCUUAAUGGUAUUAAUUAUAUAAUUACAAUACCAUCAGGUGAAACACGACAUGUUCAUUUAAAUAUAUUUGGUGAAUAUAAUGUUUAUAAUUCACUUGCAUGUAUAGCUACAUGUUUAACAACAUAUUCACAUUUAUUAACAUUAGAUCAAAUUAUUCAAUCAUUAGAAAAAUUUGAAACUGUUAAAGGUCGAUUUGAAUUUAUUAUAUGUUGUAAACCAUUUUCAGUUGUAGUUGAUUAUGCACAUACAUCAGAUGCAUUAGAAAGAACAAUGAAAAAUGGACGACAAUGGUUAGUAGAAUUUAAUAAAAAUAGUCGAUUAAUUAUUGUAUUUGGUUGUGGUGGAAAUAAAGAUCAAUUAAAAAGACCAUUAAUGGGACAUGUAGCUGAAGAAAAUGCUGAUAUUAUAAUAAUAACAUCAGAUAAUCCUCGUCAAGAAAAUCCACAAUCAAUUAUUGAUGAUAUUCUAUCUGGAAUUCAACAAAAAAUUGAUAAUAAUCGAUUAUAUAUUGAAUUAGAUCGAGAAAAAGCUAUACAUUUAGCAAUGAAUUUAGCUAAAAAUAGAAACGAUUUAAUAAUAAUUGCUGGUAAAGGACAUGAAUCAACACAAAUAUUAGCUGAUCAUUCAAUACAAUUUAGUGAUCAAGAAGUUGUAAAGAAUAAAUAUAAACAAAUGAUGCAAAAUAAUUUGUAA